AUUUUAAAGUUUUAACUAUAAUAUUUCUACUUAGUACUCCUUACUUUUUUACUCUUCAGUGUUCUACAAUUGUUAAUUGUAAACUGUUAUUUCUGUAGUGUAUAGAAUGUCACAAUUUCUUUAGGUUAUUGGUACUUUAUUUUAACAUUUAUACAAUUUUGAAUCAAGUAUUCACUGCUCAAAAGAUAAUUUUAUAUUUUAAAUAAAAAAAAAAAUUUAUAAUGAAUUGCUAAAUAAGUAUUACAACAAAAUAAAAGUAAUACAACAAUAAAAAAGUUAUGAAAGUUGAUUAAUUGAUAAUUUUUUUUGAUUCAACUAUCAUUAUGAAAGUGUAUUGUUUGAGUGAAGAUCCGAACAAACCAUGUUUUGUGAUAAAGUUAAAAUCAGUUACAAUAAUGUUAGACUGUGGUCUAUCAGCACACAGUGUUUUGAAUUUUUUACCUUUAUAUCCAAUACCAGACUGGAAACCAAAUAAAGCAGCAGCUUGGAUACCUAAAAAUUUCUCGGAUCCACAAAUUGAAGGGGAACUUAAUGAAUGUAUGACUAAUCAAGUUCUUGUAAAUUCUGCACCUGAAUUCAUGACACCACUAACUAAGUUAGUUGAUUUUGCUGAUAUUGAUGUUAUAUUGGUAUCCAACUACAUGACUAUGCUGGCUUUACCUUUUAUUACAGAAAAUACAGGUUUUAAAGGAGUUGUGUAUAUGACUGAACCAACUUUGCACAUAGGAAAAUUAUUUCUCGAGGAGUUAGUAGAUUUUGUUGAACAGUCACCAAAACCUAAUGUUGCUAAAUACUGGAAGGAAAUCUUGCAUUUAUUACCACCACCAUUAUGUAACAGUUUCAAACCUCAUACAUGGAAACAAUUGUAUAGCCUUGCACAAGUUAAUUCGAGUUUAACACGUGUGCAGAUGAUUAGUUAUGAUCAAAAAAUUGAAAUUACAGGUGCAUUGACUGUAACAGCUGUUAGUUCUGGUUAUUGCCUAGGUAGCAGUAAUUGGGUGAUAUAUUUGGAAAGUAAGAAAUUGGUUUAUGUCAGCAAUACUUCAACAUUAACAACACAUCCAAGACCCAUGGAUCAAGUUAACUUAAAAAAUGCUGAUCUAAUGCUGUUAAGUAGUCUAACGCAAGCACCUGCCGCCAAUCCAGAUUCAAUGCUAGGGGAACUAUGUUUAUCGGUGGCUGUUACAUUGCGAAAUAAUGGAUCAGUACUUAUUCCAUGUUACCCUUCAGGUGUUGUUUAUGAUUUAUUUGAAUGUUUAUCAUCUCACUUGGACAGUACGGCUUUAGGUCAAAUUCCAAUGUAUUUUAUUUCUCCUGUGGCUCAUAGUUCUUUAGAAUAUUCAAAUAUUCUUGCAGAAUGGUUGUCUCAAUCAAAACAAAAUAAAGUAUACUUUCCAGAAGAGCCGUUUCCACACGCUCAAUUAGUAAAAUCCGGACGUUUAAAGCAUUUUAAACAUGUUUAUACAGAUGAUCUGUGGAAUGAUUUAAGACAACCUUGUGUAGUAUUUUGCGGUCAUCCUAGUUUGCGAUUUGGUGAUGUAGUACAUUUUGUAGAAUAUUGGGGUACAAAUCCUCAGAAUACAAUUAUAUUCACGGAGCCAGAGUUUCCAUAUUUAGAAGCCUUAGCACCAUUCCAACCACUAUCUAUGAAAGCUAUGCACUGUCCAAUUGAUACAAGUAUGAAUUUCACACAAGCCAACAAAAUGAUUAAAGAUCUUAAACCAGCUGUGUUAAUUCUUCCUGAGCGUUAUGCCAUUCCACCAGCUGGAUUUGGUCAUAAAAAUGAAUUUGUUAUUGAUCAAGUUGAUAGGAAAGUUUUAACUAUAAAAAGAGGUGAAGUUAUUUCAGAGAAACUUGAUAUAAAAACAGUUAAUGUACCAUUUACAACAGAAAUGGUAGUCAGUGUAACAUUAAACGAAUUACAAUCUGGACUAAAGGCAUCAAAAUUUACAGCUGUUUUAGAUACUAAAGAUAAUAAAUAUAAAUUAGAUAUUUUAAGAGAUGACUUAUUAGCAAAUAAGACGACUGAACCUUAUUUAUUAGAAACAUUGUUUAAAAAAACUUAUGAGUGGGGACAACUGGAUAUUGAUAGAUUUUUACGCGCAUUGACAAAUGAAGGCGUGAGUGAUCCUAAAAUUGAACACAAUACACAUGGGUAUACUAUUCAUCUUAAAUCAGAAGACACAUUAAUUCAAGUGGAUGAUAAGUCUACUCAUAUAUUUUGUGAAAAGAUGGAUAAAAACUGGAGACUUAAACUUAGAAGUAUAGUAAUGGAGUGCCUUAAUUCUUUUUAAAUACAUUUAUUGUUUUAAAAGUAAUAUAUACAUCUCAAAGACUAUUAUUUACACUACUCCAUAUAAUUAUUGUCGAAAAACAAUGUACAAAGGUCCUUGAAUAAAAUUGGAUCAAAUCUUACACUUGAUUGAAGCAAUGGCAUAUAACCAAAAAGCAUUACAAAAGUGUUUAAACAAGUUUGUCUUUGCAUAAAGUGAUCUGGAUCAUUCCAAGGUGAUCUAUGGAAUUAUAUAAACAUACAUUAAUAAUAUAUUAAACCUAGUAAAAUAAGUUAGUGUGAUAUUUACUUUGGCAUGCCAUUGUUAGCUUGCUCUUUGUAGUGUUUUCUUUGUGACACUUUAAUCGGUGGACGACGGGUUACAUGACUGACUAGAAAGUUCAUGAGAAUGUCUUCACAAUUGUGAGAUUGUUCAACCGUUUUGAUUAAUAAAGGACUUAACCAUUUAGUAUAUAA